UUCGGCAGACUCUUCUUCACCGUCUUCACUCACUAAUACAACAAAAAUGAGGGUGCUCGUGGCGUGUGCUGCCGUGGCGUUGGUGUUGGGCGUGUGCUGUGCUGCGCCCGACGUAUUCAGCCAGUCGACUUCGUCCUACGGUAACGGCGGGGGACACGGAGGAAACGGAGGCUCUGCAGGGAAUGGAGGCAGCUACGGAGGAAACGGAGGAGGAAACAGUAAUGGAUACGGAGAAAACGGCGGAGGAAACGGUGGUGGUUACGGAGGAAACGGCGGAGGAAACGGUGGUGGUUACGGAGGAAACGGAGGAAACGGAGGUAACGGUGGUGGUUACGGAGGAAACGGUGGUGGCUACGGAGGAAACGGAGGAACUGCCACCGGCUUCUCUGUCUUCAACCUUUUGCCUAGUCAAGGAGGCUACGGCGGCUCCAACGGCGGCUCCAACGGAGGUUAUGGAGGCUCUAACGGAGGCUCCAACGGCGGUUAUGGAGGCUCUAGCGGAGGCUCCAACGGCGGUUAUGGCGGCUCCAACGGAGGCUCCAACGGCGGUUAUGGAGGCUCUAACGGAGGCUCCAACGGCGGUUAUGGAGGCUCUAACGGAGGCUCCAACGGCGGUUAUGGAGGCUCUAACGGAGGCUCCAACGGCGGUUAUGAUGGCUCUAACGGAGGCUCCAACGGCGGUUAUGGCGGCUCUAACGGAGGCUCCAAUGGCGGCUUUGACGGCUACAGUGGUUCCAACGGCGUCUCCACCGGCUAUGGAAAAUAAUGGAACUGACAGGAGAACUGAAAAGACGUGAAGAAGGGAGGAAGAUAUAUAUUUUUCUCUUCACAAAUCGAGUUUUUAUCAAUUGGGUGCUAUAGUGACUUCAUCAAAGCUAUUUUAAUUUUUAAUUUUCCUCUCAGUGAUAUAAUAGGAGUCGCAGUAACGUUUUCUCCCUAUUUUCGUAUUUCUUUUCCAUUUUUCACUUUUCCCCCUCCUUCGUUUCCUGCGAUCGGUUUGGUUAUGUUUCUUUUUUUCUUUCUCCCAUCUUCAUGUGCUUCAUUUUCAUCCUCAAGUAUUCCUCUGUCAACCUUUUAUACAAAAGAAAACAUAUAUGUAAACUAUUAAAGACCAAAAUCGUA